UCUUGAAUCAGUAUUUAACAGAAUACAUUCUGAGGAAGACUGUUACUUACUCAAUUAUUUCAUUAGAGUAAGUCCCAGUCUCGAAAAAGCUCAGGUAGUGCGUAAGAAAAAUCAGCAAAAAUGAUUCUAAGACUUUUCUUAUUAUGUUUCGUGGUAGUAUUAGCUACUUCGGUACCCAUAGAAACGGAACGACUAGAUUCAUUGAAAUUAGUUCAUGUGUUUGUGAGGCAUGGUGCAAGAUACCCUCAAAUAUCUGAAAUUUAUCCGAAAGAUCCACACAAAUUCGAUGAAAAUGAUCUAGGCCAUUUGAAUAAGCGUGGAAAAUCUAACUCUUACAAGGUCGGUAAGUUUUUGAAGAAACGUUAUGGAUCAUACUUAGGAGACGUUUACAAACAUGGCAUCAUCAAAGUAAUUAGCACUUCUCUACCACGAACCAAGAUGACGGCUCUCCUGGUACUAGCUGGACUUUUUCCUCCAACCACAUCAGAGCGUUGGAGCGAUGAAAUCCCAAACUGGCAGCCAGUUCCCUACGAUUAUAUAGAUGGUCGCGAUGACACUUGGUUAUUACGUCCAACACAUUACUGUCCUAAGUACAAAAAAGAGGUGGAGAAGGUUCAGGACUCUCCUGCUAUCAGGACUUUAUUGCAACAGCAUGCUGAUACCCUAGAUUACAUAAGAAAUAAUACUGGAAAGGACAUACAAGAUCUGGAGGAUGUUUUCAGGUUAUAUCAGCUUUUCAGUGCUGAAGACUCGUUGGGCUUAGCACUUCCAGAUUGGGCAACCCAAGUAUUUCCCUACUUCGUACUCAACUUGACAUUGCAGAGAUAUGUCCUGGAAAAUUCUAAUAAUGAACUCAGAAGAUUGAGUGGUGGAAGAAUGCUGAGCAAAGUUACAGAUGGAUGGAACAAAAAAAUCAACAAUAAGAUAUAUCCACCAAACACUAAGAUGCUACUUUUCUCAGUCCACGAGCAUAAUCUUGUGAAUCUAAUGUUCAGUCUGGGAAUAUUCAAUUACCAAUUCCCGAAGUAUUCAUCAGCAAUAAUUUUUGAGCUCCAUGAGGACAAUGCUACGAAAAAGAAUUCAGUCAGGAUUCUUCAUCUAGAAGAUGUUGACCAACCGCCUUUAGUGAAGAAAUUGAAAGAUUGCCCUGAAAUGUGCCCACUGAAUGAAUUCUUGGUGCUUUAUGAUAAUGUUCUGCCGAAAAAUUAUACGAAAGAAUGUGAAACCGAACGUAAUUUGGAUAUCCCAGAAUGGAUUUGGAAAGGCAACAAGAAAAGGAAACACUGACUAUACCCCUUGGCAAUAAACUUUCACGUUAAUCCAAAAAGAAACAGGAAGUGAUCCACAGAAGGCAGUGCUUUUGCAAUGUCGGUUUUCGAAUGUGUUUCACAAAAAUUACUCUCAAUUCUAUUCUAAUUUUCUAAGUGCCUUCCCUACGAUAAACACCCCACGAAGCUGAAAUAAAAUUAAUAUCUCAUCAUAAAUGUAAUCAAAUAGGAUAACAGCAAAUAGAGAACUUCAAUAAAAAUUUUAUAAAUGGGACAGCAACUUUUAUUAUGAUGGGGCAAAUUAACUAUUAUGAAAAUAUUAUCGUGUGCAUUUGGAGUAUCACUGAAAUACUUUUCAUGUAAGCAUUAUGAAAAGCUAUAAUUUAGGUAGGUAGUUGUAUCGUGAUUUCUACUUGAAUAAACAACAACAUUUCUGAAGUUGCAUUUCAUAUGAAGUGGAUGUAUUUGCUCGAUAAAAUUUGUUAAGUGGGAAAAAAUGAAACACCAUAUGAUCCGAAUUUUUAUUUGGCAUGAUUAUAAAAUAAAGCAACAGCUUUAACAGAACUAUGUCACUCAUCCAUUUACUAAUCACAAUUCCUAACAAUUACAACUAUAUUUACAAUGUUCCCAUUCCAUCAAUAGGUAUUCUAUUGGUCUAAUUAUUGAUUCUCGAGGUAUUGCUGAAGACGGGAGCUAAUAUACAGCUACAAUACUCUCCACCGAUUGAUUAAACAUACAACUCUUUUCAAAAAAUCAUAUUGCAAUACAUAAAAAAUGCAUUCAACGUGUGAAAUCAGAAAAUUGCCCCUUUUUCUUUGAAUAACAUAAUAAUUGUUCUCACGACGUCAAUGCUGAAGAGUAUCUUGAAGAUAUUGUAAUACAAGCAAUAAAGAUUAUGUUGUA